UGCUUUCUGAUUAGUGGGUGGAAACUGGAAAAGGUGCAAAUGUGCAAGAAAUAAAGACAACAUAAUCUCAUUCUGCUUUUUGUUAGCCUUCAAUCUAAGAAUAGAAUCAUCACCCAGAGUCAUAAACAGACUUCAAAGGCUUUAUUGUUUGAAUUCGUACAAAAUUCACAGCAUUCUUGUUCUCAAAUGGCCAGCAAUUCAAGGCCUGUCAGCAUCUGUCGGAGGCUCAUCAACUUCAUACUCAGUAAGUUCAUUAGUCGCCCGAGGCCUAGUGAUUCUGAUGAGAUUACAGUUGAAUUCAGGCACACAGAUGGUUCAGAAAACAGGACUCAGAUCGACGAAAGACCCACAGUGCGAAACGGUUUGGAGGAAAAGCAGAAACAGGAAGAUGGUUCGGUCACGUCUGAUCAGAAAUCCGGUGCAGUAGCUCAAGCAAAAGGGAUUCAAGAAGGGGGAAGAUGAGAAAGAGAAAGCCAAGAAAGAAGAAGCUAAUCAGGUGAAGGAUCAGCCCCGUGAAGAUACCAAGCCGAAGCCCCCAAGGCACUGGGGACCUCUUCUCAGUGUGGCCUCCAACAUAAACGAAAAGACCGAAGCAUUCAUCAGCAGCAGGAAGCGAGCAAUGAGAAGAAACUACAGCCUUGAUCCCGAAAGGUCAUGAGUUAUUUAUUUCAUAUUGCAAUUCAAAAGAACAUGAAUACUAUGAACUGCAGAUUUUUCCUGGUCCUCAAAUCAAAAUGUUUCUGUUUAAUAUCGGGAUCGUGUGCAGACCCCUUUUGUAUUAUGGCAUAAAUGUCUCAGUUAAGGCAUCUCUGAUGCUAACAAGUCUUACCUGA